AUGGACAGCUCUAUAGACACUGAUGAAAAAUCUUUUCCAUCAGAGACUGGGGUUCCCUGCACAAGGCCAGAGUGGGAUUGGAGAUUAGAUUUGCAAUCCCAAAUGCCAGUCAGCUCAAAAUUGGAUGUGGAAGAUAAUAUCUCAUCAUUUGAUAGCCAAAGGCAUCACCGUGAAGAGGAUGUUACCCACUCGCGGUUUUUGUCUAGUUCUUCAAGUUCCAAUUCGGAUGCAAAUCAUUUGGCUGCUCGUUCUUCCCUACCUUGCGAACCUUCAAGUGUAAACGGUUCAAACUUGAGGUUCCCUUCGGACAGAGGCAGCAGCAAUAGAUUGCAUCUUCCAAAUGGGUUUGGUGAGCAAUCCAUGUUCACUGUGGAGCACUCUCUGUUUGCUAAUGAAGGCAGGAACAAAGUUCGCAGUGCAGAGGAUGAAAUAAUCUCAAACAUUUUGUCACUCGACUUUGAUCCUUGGGAUGAAUCCUUAACUUCACCCCACAAUUUGGCGGAGUUACUCGGUAAAGUUGAUCAGCGAUCCAGUCCUGUGAAACCUUCGAACCUCCUGAAGCAACAUAACAGCCAGUCCAGAUUUUCUUUUGCACAAGAAUCUAGUAAUCAAGCAUUUGACAGGGAGAACCAUAGCAUUUAUGGGCAGUUUUCAAGAGAGAGGCCUAUUCAAGAGUCUGUAGUGACCCGAGAUAUUUAUCGGGGUAAUCUCGGGAAUCUAAAUGGAUUUGCUUCAAACUAUUCCGGUGGAUUAGAUAAUGUUUCUGCUAGUCCUUUAUUUUCAUCGUACAAGACUCCUGCAGUUACACGACCUCAAGUUUCUGCUCCUCCAGGAUUCUCUGCCCCCAGCAGGUUACCUCCUCCUGGCUUCUCUUCACAUGAAAGAGUGGGCCUAUCUUCAGAUACGGCACCAGGAACUCGUUUUCUUGACUCUGCUGCCAUGUUGAGGAAUACAUAUCAAGUACAGCCUCCAGUUGGGAAUCCGAGUGGUGCGAGUGAUAUAGAGUUCGCGGAUCCUGCUAUUCUAGCGGUUGGAAGAGGGAUGGUAAAUGCAGACUUGGAUAUGAGAUCAAGUUUCUCAUCACAAAUGAAUUCUUAUGGGAACGAGACAGGACUCCAAAUGUUGAGACAUCAGUCUCUGUCUGCUGCACAACAACAAGUCAAUGGGUUUCAUCAUGAUCUCAGAAACUUAUCUCCUUCACUUGCAGAAACUUACGGAUUUAGCUCAAGGUUAAUGGACCAUCAGGCACAUGGAAGUAAUUUAUCUCUUUUCUCACAGCACCCAAGACAACAACCAUCUGCAAAUCCAGUGUUGUCUAAUGGUCACUGGGAUAAGUGGAAUGAAGGCCAAAGUGUGAACUCUCUAGGCAUGGCCGAGCUUCUUAGGAAUGAACGGUUGGGAUUCAAUGGGAGCCUAUACAACAACGGAUAUGAAGAACCGAAUUUUCGGCUUCCAAGUCCGGGAGAUGUGUAUAAGAGAACAUAUGGGAUGUAA